AUGUCUGAAAGAAAGGUCCUCACCAAGUACUACCCUCCAGACUUCGAUCCCUCAAAGAUUACAAGAUCACGCGCCCCCAAGCAGGCGGGUCCCAAAGUUCAAACCGUACGAUUGAUGGCACCGUUUCCUAUGAAGUGUACCGCCUGUGGGGAAUACAUCUACAAAGGUCGAAAAUUCAACGCGCGCAAAGAGACAACCGAGGAGAAAUACUACGCCAUUCCUAUUUACCGAUUCUACAUCAGAUGCACAAGAUGCUCGGGGGAGAUUACGUUCAAGACAGAUCCGAAGAACAUGGACUACGAAUGCGAAAGAGGCGCCAAGAGGAAUACUGAGCCAUGGCGAAUGAAUGGAGGUGGAAAGCAGGAGAGCGAUGAAGAGCGACUGGAUCGGUUGGAACGAGAGGAGGAAGAGAAGAAUGCUAUGGAGGAACUUGAGACCAAAACACUUGAUGCGAAGCGGGAAAUGGCUGUUGCAGACGCCUUGGACGAGAUACGCACACGAAACGCUCGGAAUGAAAGGAUGGGUAAAGAUGGGGUAGAGGUUACGGUUACGAGAGAGAGCAUUGACGAUGAGAAAAAGCGGCAGGAGGAGGAGGAUGCAGAGGCAGCUCGUAUAGCUUUCAUGCGUAGACAGGAAGCAAUGGAGGAGAUUAUUGAGGAGGAGGAUACUGCUGUAGAAGACGCUCUCAAAAUGCCACCACCAAGCUUUAAACGCGUGGUGAAGAAGAAGAAGGAUCAUUCUGUAGCGCUAGGAAUUAAGAAGAAGUUGAAGUGA